CCUCUCUGCUGUCCACCUCCCCCGCAUCGUCCCUUUCUGCCUACCAUGGGCCGUGCGGCAACAAAGUCUGUUGCGCGUGUCUACCCGGAGGUUAACAGCAAGCUUGGGCCGUCCUGGUAUGAAUACGACAACCUGCAGGUGCAAUGGGGCACCCAGGACCACUACGAGAUCGUCAGGAAAGUAGGCCGGGGCAAGUACUCGGAGGUCUUCGAGGGCAUCAACAUUGUCAACGAUGAGAAAUGCAUUAUCAAGGUGCUGAAGCCCGUGAAGAAGAAGAAGAUCAAGCGUGAGAUCAAGAUCCUCCAAAACCUCGCAGGAGGGCCCAACAUCGUCGCGCUUCUGGACGUCGUGCGCGACCCGUCCUCGAAAAUCCCGAGCCUCAUCACGGAAUACGUGCAUAAUGUCGACUUCAAAGUGCUCUACCCCCGCUUUACGGACUUCGAUGUUCGGUUCUACAUGUUCGAACUCUUGAAGGCCCUGGACUACUGCCAUUCCAAGGGCAUCAUGCAUCGCGAUGUCAAGCCCCACAAUGUCAUGAUUGACCACGAGCGUCGAAAGCUUCGCCUGAUUGACUGGGGCCUGGCCGAGUUCUACCAUCCGCGCACGGCUUAUAACGUCCGGGUGGCGUCAAGAUACUUCAAGGGUCCGGAGCUGCUGGUUGACUUCCAGGAGUAUGACUACAGCUUGGAUAUGUGGAGCUUCGGCUGCAUGUUCGCUUCCAUGAUAUUCCGGAAGGAGCCAUUCUUCCAUGGACACGACAACUACGAUCAACUCGUCAAGAUCACCAAGGUGCUGGGCACUGAAGGUCUGUAUCAAUACAUAGACAAGUACGACAUUGCGCUCGACCCGCAGUACGACGAGCUGCUCGGCAACUACCCCAAGAAGGCAUGGGCGCGGUUCACGACCUCUGAAAACCAGAGAUACAUCUCGAAUGAAGCGAUCGACUUGCUGGACAGGCUGCUCCGGUACGAUCAUCAGGAACGCCUCACGUCGCGAGAAGCGCAGGCACACCCAUAUUUCGACCCCGUCAGGAAUGCCGCUCUGCACGAGGCGGAGAAGGGCGGGCCAGCGCCGUGAAGCACGAUGGGUGGGCUGCGCGAGAGUACCUCGAGGACGGGAGCGGUCGAGUAUGAGAGCAGACGCUGUAUCCAGAGCAUGUGGACGUCGGCUAUACUACUGUGUAUUAAAGGCAGAGAGAGAGGUGUGUCGCUAUCUAACUAUAUUCUUAU